GUCACUAUUUGACAGCAGGAAAUUCAAAUUCCGAUAUUAACGUUAAAUUUUAUAUCUAUAAUUUUUUUUUUAUGCAUCAAAAUAUUACAACCGUGUUGAUAAAUAGAUAAUGCAGAAUGCUAAAUAUGAUAUAAAAAUAUUUAUUUAAAAAUUCAUUCAUGCAUUCAAUAUUUUUAAAGUUAAAUUAUUAUUAUUUUUCCAAUACAAAAUUUCUACUUCCUACAUCAUAAUUUUUUUUCCAUAUAUAUAUCAUCAUAAAAAAGAAUGGGCAGUUAUGGUAAAUGACAUCUUUUUUCCUGAAAAGAAGGGUAAAGUAUUUACUUCUGAAAAAGUAAGUAGAUACACAUGCCUUUGGUUUUGACAUAACUUAGAAAAUUCAAGGUUACUUUUGUCAUUUCACUUUUUCCACCUGAAGAAGAAUACACUAGUAACAUAAACUACUACACUAUACACUACUUGUUGAAGUGAAGAAGAGAGAGAGAGAGAGAAACAGUGAUUUAGAGAGAGAGAGAAACAGUGAUUUAGAGAGAGAAAGUGUGGCCACUCACUCUAGAGACAGGAAAACAAACUCAAUUUAUUGUUUUUUUUUGUUUACAUGUUCUGUUAAAUUCUUCUCUAUCAUUUUCUUCUUCCAAUGAUUUUCCAUUAAGAUAAAAAGAAGAAAAAAAAAUCAUUUUUUUUUAUAUGUUAGUGUGAUCCAAAAUUUGUUCAGUUUCUUCUUUCUGACAAUGUUGGAAUUAUAGCAUUCAUUGUUCUUCUGCAACUGACACUUUGUUGAACAACAAACACAACAACAGCAACACUUUGAGAAACAUCUUUUGUUUUCUUGCUUUUAGUUUCUUUCUUUCAUUAUGGCUUCUAAAUCCAGAUCCAGUUUAUCUGAAACAUCCAACAAAGCAGCAUCAGCAUCCCCGGUUACUCCUAACAAAGCAACUCUCAACAAAGUACCACCAGCAACUCCAAACAAAACAUCACCGGCAACUCCUAGAGUUAGUAAACUCGGCAGAGGAGUGUCCAAACCGGAAUCUGAGACGCCUUCGCCUUUGCAAACUUCGCGACUUUCUGCAGAAAAAUCAUCGCCGCGAUCUUUGAAUUCAAAGCCAAUUUCUGAGAGGAAAUCGCCGAGACCUACCACACCAGCUGAUAAGCAAACCCCAAGAGUUGGAGUUGCUGUAAAGAGUUCAGAAUUGCAGACACAAUUAAAUGCCGCUCAAGAAGAUCUAAAGAAAGCAAAGGAACAACUGGUUAAGGCUGAAAAAGAGAAGGAAAAUGCAAUAAAUGAGCUUAAAGAAGCUCAAAGAUUGUCUGAGGAAGCAAAUGAGAAACUUAGGGAGGCAAUGGUGGCACAAAAGCGUGCUGAGGAUGAUUCUGAGAUUGAGAAGUUUCGAGCUGUUGAGCUGGAACAAGCUGGAAUUGAAGCUGCUCAGAAGAAGGAAGAGGAAUGGCAGAGAGAGCUUGAAAGUGUGAGGAACCAGCAUGCUUUGGAUGUGUCUGCUCUUCUCACCACCACUCAGGAGCUUCAGCGAGUUAAGCAGGAACUUCUCAUGACUUCUGAUGCAAAGAACCAGGCACUGAGUCAUGCUGAUGAUGCAACUAAAAUUGCCGAGAUUCAUGUUGAGAAAGUGGAGAUUCUUUCCGCUGAACUGAUACGGUUGAAGGGCUUACUAGAUUCAAAGCUGGAAACCGAGGCUAGUGAGAACAAGAUUGUAUCGGAGCUGCAAACUGAGAUAGAAGCUCUUAAGCAUGAACUUGAAAAGGCAAAGGGUUACGAUGAAAAGUUGGCAGAGAAAGAGACUUUGAUCGAACAGCUUAAUGUGGAGUUUCAAGCUACUAAGAUGGCUGAAUCUUAUGCGCACAGCGUGCUAGACGAGUGCAGAAAAAAGGUUGAGGAACUAGAAGCAAAGGUCAAAGAGGCAAAUGAGUUAGAGAGAUCUGUGUCAUUGUCCUUAGAAUCUACAACCAAACAGCUUGAAGGUAAAAAUGAACUGUUGCAUGAUGCAGAAUCUGAAAUUUCUAGUCUCAAAGAGAAAGUGGGAAUGUUGGAAAUGACAAUCGGGAGGCAAAGAGGAGAUCUUGAGGAUUCGGAGCAAUGUCUUCUUGUGGCUAAGGAAGAAAAUCUCGAAAUGGCAAAGAGGAUUGAAUCACUCGAAUCUGAAGUUGAGACAGUUAAUAAAGAGAAGGCUCAAGCAUUGAACAAUGAAAAGAUUUCGGCAUCGAGCGUGCAGACCCUAUUAGAAGAGAAAGGCAAACUUAUCAAUGAAUUGGAGAUUUCUAGAGAGGAAGAAGAAAAAACCAAAAAGGCAAUGGAUAGCUUAGCUUCUGCGUUACAUGAAGUAUCCACAGAAGCUAGAGAUUCCAAAGAAAAACUAUUAGCCAACCAAGCUGAACAUGAAAGCUAUGAGACUCAGAUUCAAGAUUUAAAGUCGUUUUUAGAAGCUAGUAAAGAAAAAUAUGAGUCCAUGCUUAAUGAUGCACAUCGCGAGAUUGAUGUUCUUACAUCUAGUAUUGAAAAUUCUAAGAUGGAUAGUGCUAACUCCAAGGCAGAGUGGGAGCAGAAAGAAGACCAUCUUGUCAGUUGUUUAAAGAAAACUGAAGAAGAAAACUCAUCUCUCGGAAGCGAAAUAAAUAGGUUGAUUUCUUUACUGAAAGAAACCGAGGAAGAAGUGAAUGUCAAAAGAGAAGAAGAAGCUCAACUGAAGGAGAAUAUGAAGGAAGUGGAAGCUGAGGUGAUCCACCUGCAGGAAGCACUUAAAGAAGCACAAGCUGAAAACAUGAAGUUAAAGGAGAGUUUAUUGGAUAAAGAAAACGAGUUUCAGAAUAUUUUUCAAGAAAACGAGGACCUCCGAUCUAGGGAGUUCGCGACCAUUAAGAAGGUGGAAGAGUUAUCAAAGUCACUUGAAGAAGCUACAUCCCGAAACCAGAACAAUGAAAAUGGUGAUCUUACUGAUAGCGAGAAAGACUACGAUUUGCUUCCUAAGGUAGUAGAAUUCUCAGAAGAGAAUGGACAUGGAGGAGAAGGCGUACCUAAGGAAGAAGAGCAAGAGCUUCCGGUUUCGGCCAAUGAAGUAAACAUUGUCUCGAAUGACAAGUUUGAAAAAAUAGAAUCUCCAAAACCCGAGAAUGUGAAUGGAAAACUGAAGGAAGAAGACGAGGUGAAGAAAAAAGAUGAUUCUGUUGAACUUAAAAUGUGGGAAAGUAUCAAGAUAGAGAAAAAGGAGUUUUCGCCCGAGAAAGUAGCAGCAGCAGAGGCAGAAGAAUCCUUUGAAGAGGAAGUUGAGUCAAAGAUAGACGGUGGCGAGACAAAUGGAGCAACUGUGACAGAGAACAUUGAUGAUGGCGGAAGCUCACCAACAAAGCAACAAGUGAAGAAGAAGAAAAAAGCUUUGCUUGGCAAAUUUGGAAGCCUGUUGAAGAAAAAGAGUGGUGGCAAUAGUAACCACAAAUAGAACAACAAUACUACUUUGCUUUUGCUUGGUAUAUUAUUGAACAUUAAAGUGUUUGCAUGAUGUAUUUGGUUUAUUGUGAUUUUUUGCUUCUUGGAAUAGGUUUUAAAAAAUGAAGAGGCUUGUAAUAUUUGUUUAGGAUUCUUUCUCUAAUCACUUCUUUUGGAUUGUACACUUCACCAUGUUGGCUGUGAUGAUGGAAUUCUAAUUUUUUGUUUUCCA